GAAUUAUUGAAGAUCUAUAUGCAACACCUUCAACGCGAUUAUCUUCAGCUAACCUAAUCAAGCUCAAUUAUAAGAAAAUCUUCCAUUCAAUCGACGAUUUAUGAAUACGAAUUGAUAGAGGAAAGAAGAUGAGAAGAUGGAUCUUGGCUAGGAGUUCAGUUUUCGCGGCCCUUCGCGGCCCUAAGCCUAGAUAUUUUAGUGCUGCUGUUAACGAUAUAGAACGAGUGAGUAUCCGCAACGGCUCGUCAGGUCUCGUUACUAUUGAUCUACACAAUACCGCCAAGGUAUCAUCUGGAGAUCCUUUAUUGAUAUACCUACCACCGUACUCAACCGCUUUUACGGACAAGCCUGCGCAACUGCCAGGAUUCAUUCAGAGGCAGCCGACGGCGGUGAUAAAUUAUCGUUGGAAGGGGUUCUCUCCAUUUCUGGAUGAGGAUUUACCUGCUUCAGCAUCCCAUGAAUCGUCGGAAGAGGAUGAUGAGCCAACCCAUCUAUCAUGGCCAGCUCCUAUUCACGAUACUGCGAAGGCAUAUAACUGGAUUGUCGAGAACCUAAGUCCUUCAACUCACACGCGCCGAGAUAUCUAUAUCUAUGGCUCGUACCUCGGCGCAUCGCUGGCAACAUCACUAGCCUUGACGGAAACUCUUCCCCACGAGUCUAUGGGUGUGCGAGGAUGUGUCGCUUACAACGGGAUCUAUAACUGGACCAGGUUUCUUCCCGACCACCCGACCAACAAACCACCAGAGUCGUGUCCGAUAGAUGUACUAGAAGGACUUUUAGCUCAGCCAGUUGAAACCCAAUUUCAGGAGCUAAGACAGCAUGCCGAAGAGUUAUUUGAAAGAGCAGAGAAUCUCUUCGACCCCUUCGCAAGCCCUUGUCUCUUCUUCCAUACGCCGGAUCUUCUCGUACCACCGUCCUUCAACUCAUCGGGGAUCACUGCCCUAGAAUUAUUAUUGUUAAAGUUAACAGGAUUAUCCGAGGACUACAUGCCCAAACCGUGGAGACCUGUGAAAUCGCCAAGAAAAAGCCGACUUGUCUUUCCGCCUGAGAGUUCAACGCUGGAAAUCCCCGAGACAUUGCUACUGCAUUCUACGCCACCCCCACUUCCGUCUUCGAUUCUAAGGAGGGCGCAGAGACGAAAGAAGGACCUACGACAUAUUUUCAGAACCCAUGCUAAAGAACUCGCUGAUUUGAUGCGGAUAAGUAUCGAUGCGAUUGAGUUGGAGGAAGGCUUUGAGUGGGAUGAGAACAUUUACUCUAGAAGUGAUGAGGCUAAUCGGAGAGUCCGGGUUCAUGAUGUAGGACCCAACCCUCGAGGUUUCGACCUCGGUGCUAAAGGGGAGGAAUUGGCGGCGACUUGGUUGAUGGAUCAUAUAAGAAAUGCAAAAUCUAACUAAUAAUUACCUACAUAUUUAGAAGCUUCCGUCCCAGAGCGCAUGUCGUACUCAUCUACGAAGAUAUUCGAGCUGAGUGAUUUUACGGCUUCGCUCGAGAAUUGAUAAUGUUGAGUGAAAUUAUAGAAUUUACUAAAUGCGUCUGCAUUAACAUAUUAAUGCAGAAUUGAAGUCGCGCAAAUCGAUGGCAUGGGCAAAGUUCAAUUUUUACAAUGUGUUUGUUCGAUUAAUUAAC